AUGUCUCUGAAGAAGCGAAUGCCUCUAACUGUAGGUGAAACCGUAAAAGACUGUUUACAAUAUCAAUUAUUAACGCCAUUUCAAACACUUGUCAUGGAGUUGAAAAAUACUGUAAUGAAAAGUUAUUGGAACAAAGAAGUUGGAAAGACUCAAUAUUUAGUACCUCAUCUACCAGUUGGUAUGGAUCCAUUAAAAACAACUUUCGGGAAAAAAUAUAAAUUUGAAGCAACAAUGGCAGAAUUAAUAAAUCCUCCCGAAAUUGAUAGUAAACCGAUAAUGCAUGCUGAUGUUGAUCACUGUAGAUUUGAAAACAUUAAUCAACAAAAUGAAGGAACACAAACUACUAGAAAUUAUAAUUGCCAUUUUAACAAACAUACUUGUUUCGGAAAAAAGAGUAAUGCCGAUGAAAGAGGAUCUAGAAUUAAAAAGAUUAUACAAAAUAAAGAUUAUAGUAAUACUACAUUAGUCAAUCACAUUCAAGCCGAUUUUUUAAAAGACACGCAAUUACUUCUUGGACAAGUAAAAAAUCCGAAAAGAAAAUGUUUAUCUUUAACGAGUAUAUAUGGGAAACUCCCGAUAAAACAAGUAGAUUCAGUAGCAGAUGCAUUGCAAGAAUCACCUAUGGACAAUACAUUGAUCUUAAAAUGGAAAUAUUUACAAUAUCUGAGAAUGUUGCGUGAUAAUCUUAAAAAAUAUAUUCCCAGUAACGAUUACUUUGAUAUUUAUGAAGAUUUAGUCUGUUUGGAUAAGGAACACACUGGUAUUUUAUCGGAAGAAGAUGUAUUUACAAUUUUGAAGAACUACAAGAUUUAUCCUAAAAGAGAAUUAUUUGACGGAUUGUUAGAUCUUUUAGGAUUUCGACAAAAUAAUAAACUUUUUUAUAACAACGUAGUGGACCUUCUAAAUUGGAAACGUCCAUUUCCUAUAUUUCCAAAAAUAAAAAAUAUUUCAGAAAAUAAGGAAGAAGUAAUAUCAAAUCUAAACGAAGAUGAAAAUAAAUCUUCCGUAACUCCGUCUAAAUAUUAUCCUUGUAAUGAAAAGUUAUACUCAAAGAUUGACAAUGCUUAUGCUUUAAUUUUUCCCAGUACUUAUACAAAAUAUAAUUUAAAUCAUAUAGAUUUUUUCAAGGUAUUGCUUCGAAGUAAGGAAGAAAUACAAAAUAUAUUUGAAAAUAUUGGAAUUAAUUUUCCUGAUAACACUUUUGAUAUACUUUGGGAGAAAGCAAUUCAAAAGGAUGGUAAUGAAGGUGUAUGCGUUGAUACUUUUAAUACUUUGUUAGAUGUACCUAUAAAUUCUUUGUAA